AUGGACGCUGUCAUGCUUCUGAGUCGGUUUGACGGGCAGUCGAGGCUGCUGGUCCGGUCGCUGCUGUCCGGAGUCUCAGGUGUUCACAGAACGCUGAGCGUCUUCCACAGACAGCAGCGGGCCAACCCCGGACUGACCCUACCCAACUUCAUAGAAACGCUGUGCCGCGACGAAAUAACCUGCCCGCAGACUGGAGCCAAGCCUCUGGCUGUUAAACCCCUGGUGUGCCUGUUUCCAGCAUUAUUCAAGCAAAACCUGCUGUCCUUCAUGUAUCUGGUCCACUCAGUUCUUCCUCAGACUGCUGUCCUCCGAGUGCUUGAAUGCCUCAGCCAGGACCCUCAUCCAAGCCCCUGGGUCACUGCUCUAGUUAGACAGCUGGAAAGAAGUCUGAGGGCCCACAAUGAGGAGCCUCUGUAUAGUCCAGUGUGCAGCCAGAGACUCAGGGAGCUGUCACAGCGCUGUGUGGGAUUUGGUGAGACCAGAGGGUGGGUCAGGUGCUUCAGUUCUCAAACAGUACAAUCUGAAUCUCAGAGCUUGUCUUGUUUAUCAGAACUGGGUGCACAAAGGAAAAGGAAGAGCAGCGUUGUCACUCUGGAUUCAGAUGGUGAAGAAACAGGACUGCAGAGUAAACGGAUAAAGAUGGACGACUGUUUUAGUGAACGUGUCGAUGCAGGGGAGCAGAGCGCAAACAAAGAGAUAUCAGGAGGAUUAGAGGGUGAUGCUGGAGUACCUGCUGAAGAACUGCAACCAGCCCUGUGUGAUGCCCUACCUGAACAUAUAAAAGUCUCUGUUCUUCAAAUAAAGGAGUUACUGGAAAGUCAAACCGAGUGGGACCAGAGCUCCAUGGAUGUGUUCAAAGUGCUGAAUGAGUGUGACCCUACUCAAGUGGAGGUGUUAUGUAAUAUGCUGAGUUUGCCUGAUUUACCGGAGCAGACUCUGCCCAAACUGUGCAGCAGUGUUUUGGCUGUCUCUCCUGACCUCAGCUACAGCACGGCAGCAACAAUCAUCAAGAGCCUCCUGCUACAGAAGGUACUUUCCUUGUCAGAACCGGCCUCCAGGUGCCUGGUCACCACAAUGACAUCAUUCUGCAGCCGCUACACCAGACCAAUGUGCCACACUCUGAUUGGACCGGUUCUAGAGGAGAAGAACAUAGGGAACUCACAGGCUGAGCUGCUGAACAGACUGAUCGAAGGCUGCCUGGAUUCCCACUACAGACUUCUGGUACUUCAAAUGACAUUCAAAAUUGCGUGGAGUGAGGCGGUGCUGUCCAUUAUCCACAGCUUGCUAGACUCCAAGCCUGACUUGAAUGAAGAAGUGUUCACACAGUUCACUGAGCAGCUCGUUAGCCAGGCUUCUCAAUUCACAAAAUCUGUGAAGUUUGCAAAAAUGAUGCUGACAGUCCUCACCAAAUACAGUAGUCAUGUGACUGCUGCACACAAACACUCCCUGUCUGGUUGCCUGAUGUUGAAUGAGACCUUCCUGAAAAAGUCGCUGCAAGCUGCUUUGAAAAGAAUCACACACACAUGAAGUUUUAUCUGAUGUUGUUUGUGUUAUUAAACUUCUAAGUUAACAUUUAUAAUAAGCUCUUGUCUACUUCUAGAAAAUAUUUGGACCUAAAAAUUAAGCACCUCAUUUCACCAAUUUGACACUGAAUGAUAUCCCUUCUCACUAGAAAAUAUUCCCCUGACUCAGGAAAAUA